AUGCCCAAAAUGGCCCAAGUCAACGGUGACCUCCCGAGCGUGCCCUCGGCUGCCCUCCAGCACUUCCUGGAUUACCCUGUAGUACACGACGGUGUCGUUACCUUCAGGAACCACCCUGUCGGCAAGAAGUCCCUGGUCUACAGCGACUCUGCCUACAAGACCUUUGCCGAGCCUCUUAUCCCUUACUUCGCCCGUCCUUGGGGUUACCUGCGCCCCUAUGCCGAAAAGGCAGACAACCUCGGCGACCAGGCCCUGACCAAGGUUGACGAGCGCUUCCCCGUCGUCAAGAAGCCCACCGAGGAGCUGUACGCCGGUGCCAAGGGCAUCAUUGCCCUGCCCAUUCGCACUGGCGUCGAAGCCAAGGACCACGUUCUGAAGACGUUUAGCCAGCAGAAGAAGAAGGUCGGCAGUGAGAACGUUGUUGCGUACGGCAAGGCCCUUAUCGGAACCGCCCUUAUCACCACCAGUGAACUCAUUAUCUGGGUUGGCGACGUCAUCCACUACAAGAAGGAGGAGGCCAAGGAAGUGGUCAAUGAGAAGGCCAACAACUAA